AUGCCAUUCAUUAUCUAUCUAUCUAUCUAUCUAUCUAUCUAUCUAUCUAUGUUCAUAUCUAUCUCAGUUUGUUCAUAUCUAUCUAUCUAUCUAUCUAUCUAUCUUAGUCUGUUCAUCUCUAUCAAAAUUGGUUUGUUAAUAUGUAUCUCUGUUCAUAUCUAUCUAUCUAUCUCAAUCUUUUCAUUAUCUAUCUAUCUAUCUCAAUCUUUUCAUUAUCUAUCUAUCUAUCUAUCUAUCUAUCUAUCUAUGUCUGUUCAUGUCUAUCACAGUAUGUUCAUAUCUAUCUAUCUAUCUAUCUAUCUAUCUGUUCAUUAUCUAUCUAUCUAUCUAUCUAUCUAUCUAUCUAUCUAUCUAUCUAUCUAUCUCAGUCAGUUCAUGUCUAUCUCAGUCUUUCCAUCAUCUAUCGAUCUAUCUAUCUCAGUCUGUUCAUAUCUAUCACAGUAUGUUCAUAUCUAUCUAUCUAUCUAUCUAUCUAUCUAUCUCAGUCAGUCCAUGUCUAUCUCAGUCUUUCCACCAUCUAUCUAUCUAUCUAUCUAUCUAUCUAUCUAUCUAUCUAUCUAUCUAUCUAUCUAUCUCCUCUAA